CCGAGUAGAUACCUAUCCAAAAUGAAAUUGAAUUAGAUAAAUAAGUAAAUAGGGGCUACACAGUUUCGUCGGCACGAAUUGAUACGGUACACGCGAAUUUGGUUAUUCAUCGUCAACAGGGGGUCUAUUAUGGAAUCAACGUACCAAUCACUUGCGAAUAGAGUCCUUGUCAAAUGGGAAGAAUUGAAGACAGCCGACCGUGCCAAUUCGUUGUCUUCUCCAUCUCGCAUGUUGAUUGCCCUCGCAGGGGCUCCAGGCUCCGGAAAGACAACAAUCGCCCUACAAGUGUUGAAAAGAAUCAAUAAUUUGCCAGACCAUCCUAAGACAACUGUCAUCUCUGCUGACGGGUUUCAUUUUCCGCUUGCCAAGCUUCGUGCGAUGCCAAACGCGUCCGAGGCGAUCGCUCGGCGAGGUGUAACAUGGACAUUUGACGGAGCAGGUGUUGUGACUCUAGUCCGCAAGCUUCGCGAUGCAGCCGGGUAUGAAGCUGUCUUGGCACCGACAUUCGAUCACGCGAUCAAAGAUCCCAUAGAGGGUGGGCUUAUUGUCGACAAGGAUAUGGAGGUUUGCAUUAUCGAGGGUAACUAUCUCCUAUGCGACGAAGAGCCGUGGCGGGAGAUUGCGGAGCUAGUGGACGACAGAUGGUUAGUUCGUGUGGAUCCGGGUUUAGCUAGGGAAAGGGUUGCCGCGCGACAUUUGGCUGCCGGUAUCGAGGAUACAAUAGAGGAUGCUUUAAGGAGGACGGAUGAGAAUGACCUAGUCAACGGGCGGUUUGUGAUGGAGAAAAGUCGAGGCAGACACGACUUGCUAAUUGAUAGUUGGCAUGACUAGCGUAAUUAGCAUUGGUAUUUCGAUGGCUAAACAAUCAUGCGAUGGAUGCUCACUGUUCGAUCAUCCGGUUGAUGACUGGGUCAUCCACCCAGGCAUUAAGAAUAGUUAUCUAAAAGAAGCUUAAUUGAACAAUAGGAGGGUGACAGAUUUCCAGUACCCACCUCCACCAGCUACGUGACAUUCAUUACGAAAUAUCGCUAUGAAAUUGAUAACGUCGACG